UCGUGACGCAGUCAUUGACUGUUUGUUCUCCUGCUCUUUGCUGGAGCUGAGAAAGGAGUAAGAACUCUGCACAUUGGAUCUUCUAUAACUCCAUGAACUUCUCGCAGAAGAUAAUGGGAUUUUAAUGGAGAGUCAUUCUAUCAUUUGAUCUGAUAAAGUUGGGAUUCUUUUGGGUACUGUAACCUUUCCUUCUUCAAGUAUAGAGCAAAUUUUUUCGGUCUUCUUGAAUUAGGUCUCUGCAGAUUUCACAUUGGGAAUUUUCUUGCUAUCAAUGUCGAGGCCACUUUACCGGGGAUUCUCUGGCGGCUAUGGAAGGCUCUCCGGCUGUGAAGACUCAUUUGAUAAGAUCUCUCAACAGAAGAAUUUCUCUAAGAAUGGAUUAGGUCAUGAGCUUCCAAGUCCUUACGGAACAAGUAGAAAUCGGCAAAACUUGACGCUUAGCUUGCUGAAGUUUGGUCUUGCCCUAAUUGUUUUCGUUGCAAUUUGGGGUUCACUCUACUGGAUUGCAUAUAUCUCCAAUGCCUCACAAGUUAACAUCUAUAGAGGUUACAGGCGGGUACAAGAGCAGCUCGUUGCGGAUCUCUCUCUCGUGGAAGAGCUCGCUAAUGGAGUUGGCAAGCUCAGAGAGAUUGAAUUCUGCCCACCUGAGUUUGAGGAUUAUGUUCCAUGUUAUUAUAAUCUUUCAGAGAGUUUAGAUUCAGCAGAUACCGAUCGGCAGAUUGAGCAUGAGAGGAAAUGUGAUCGUGGAUUUGGAAAGGGGCUGACUUGUUUGAUUUUUCCACCGAGGAGUUACAGGAUUCCAUUAAGAUGGCCGACAGGAAGGGACUUCAUUUGGAAGGAGAAUGUGAAGAUCACAGGGAAGGAGUUCUCAUCAGGGAGUUUGACGAAGAGGAUGAUGGUGGAGGAAGAGCAUAUCUCUUUUCACUCUGACUCUUUAAUGGUUGAUGGAGUAGAAGACUAUUCACAUCAGAUAGCUGAGAUGAUUGGGCUUAGAAAUGAGUCAAAUUUCAAUGAAGCUAGGAUUAGGACUGUCUUAGAUAUAGGCUGUGGCUUCGGUAGUUUUGGGGCACAUCUUUUUUCGAAACACCUCCUCACCUUGUGCAUCGCAAGCUAUGAAACCUCUGGAAGUCAAGUUCAACUUACACUUGAAAGGGGCCUGCCUGCCAUGAUUGGUUCAUUUAUAUCAAAACAAUUGCCAUAUCCAUGUCUUUCCUUUGACAUGGUUCAUUGCGCAAAAUGUGGGAUUGACUGGGAAAAGAACGAUGGUAUCUUCCUUGUGGAAGUUGACAGACUCUUGAGGCCCGGAGGAUACUUCGUCUGGACGUCACUUACGAACGCGCACAGAUCUCUUCGCGACAAGGAAAACAUGAAAAAAUGGACUCAUAUACGUGAUUUUGCUGAGAAUCUCUGUUGGGAAAUGCUUUCACAACAAGAUGAAACAAUCAUUUGGAAAAAGACCACCAAAAAGAAAUGUUACAGUUCUCGGAAAGCUGGUCCUCCGUUCUGCGGAAGGAGUCAUGAUAUUGAAUCUCCCUAUUAUCAACCACUAAAUCCUUGCAUUGGAGGAUUAAGAAGCCAGAGGUGGAUCCCGAUUGAAAACCAAACACCUUGGCCUGCUCAAUCUAAACUGAACUCAGCACAACUUGACAUACAUGGUGUACAUUUAGAGGAUUUUACAGAGGAUUCCUUAAACUGGCAUGCAGCAGUUCGUAAUUAUUGGUCUCUUCUUUCACCACUUAUAUUUUCAGAUCAUCCUAAGAGGCCUGGGGACGAGGAUCCCUCUCCUCCUUUUAAUAUGGUUAGGAAUGUGCUGGAUAUGAAUGCUGGAUUUGGAGGUUUCAAUGCUGCUCUACUUGAAACUGGAAAAUCUGUGUGGGUAAUGAAUGUGGUACCAGCUAUGAGUUCGAACUACCUCCCUCUUAUCUUUGAUCGAGGAUUUAUCGGUAUCCAGCAUGAUUGGUGCGAAGCAUUUCCAACAUAUCCAAGAACUUAUGAUAUGGUUCAUGCUGAAGGUUUGCUAUCAAAUCAUCAACAGACCAGAUGUUCAAUCCUAGACAUAUUCUCAGAGAUUGAUCGGAUUUUACGACCAGAGGGUUGGGUUAUAAUUCAUGAUAAAACACCACUCGUUGAAGCACUCAGACCAUUAACCACACAGUUGAAAUGGGAAGCUCGUGUAAUAGAGUUGGAAGCUAACAAAGAUGAGAGACUUCUUCUUUGCCAGAAGCCCUUUCUCAGAAAACCAAUACAGUAAAUUCAAUAUUACACAAAAAUAUAUAUAAAAAAAAUGCAAUAAAUGAUAAAAUAUGAAAUAAGAGAAGCAUUGUCCUUCGGGCAGAAAUGGCCUCUUUCUCCUUGGGAGCCACAAGGCACCCUGGGAACAUGUAAUUUGUAAAUGUAGCGGCCAAAAGAGUAUAUAGAAUAGGCCUUCAAUUAUUUCUUCCCACACCCAUCCUCGUUCAACAGUACAAUGGACCAAAUGAAAUAUUGAAUUAAUUCUCAGUAAUAUAGAAUGAAUAAGGCAUGGUUCUUUUUUGAGUAAUUUUUUUGCUUAGCAUUUGGUGAAAGUUGUAAAAUUUGUUUGUUGUACUCUUCUUCUAUUGUUAAGUUGAACGGC